UCCACACCUGCAAAGCAUAAAGCGCAAACACUGUCUUAUCCAAAUCCAAAUCAUCCAGCCUCCACCUCGCUACAAAUUGGACGGGAGCACGCGCGCAUCCCAAUCCCCCAUCCAUCCGCUAACUUUUGCGGUUUCCGCCCCCACCACCAUCACCACCUCCACCACCUUCGCGCCCCUGUACAUCACCACCCCCGUCUCGCGCUGGCUCAUCAUCAUCUUCUUCUUCUUCUCGCCCAGUGAGAGACACUGUGUCAGUCACUGAGUCACACUCACAGUGCCACUGAUCCGCCAUGAGCUAGCUCAAGCUGAGCUGCAGGAGGAGUGCAGAUAAGAGAAUCCGCCUUGCUUUCCUCGCCGCGCGCAUUCUCGUCGUUUCCCAAGGAAGCUUCCUUUCUUUUCUUCUUCUCCGGUCAGUCGCAAUGUGGCGGGCUCUCGCGGCGGCGGCGGCGGCGGUGGCGGUGGCGGUGGUCGUGGCGGCGCGGCCGGCGGCGGCGACUGACCCCUACGCGUUCUUCGACUGGGACGUCGGCUACGUCACCGCGGCGCCGCUCGGCGUCAAGCAGCAGGUGAUAGGCAUCAACGGCAAGUUCCCGGGACCAACCGUGAACAUCAGCACCAACUGGAACGUCGUCGUCAACGUGCUCAACGACCUCGACGAGCCCCUCCUCAUCACCUGGAAUGGGAUCCAGCACCGGAAGAACUGCUGGCAGGACGGGGUGCUGGGCACAAACUGCCCCAUCCCGUCGGGCUGGAACUGGACGUACGAGUUCCAGGUGAAGGACCAGAUCGGCAGCUUCUUCUACUUCCCUUCCACCGGCCUCCAGCGCGCCGCCGGCGGCUACGGCGGCGUCGUCGUCAACAACCGCGACGUCAUCGCCGUCCCCUUCGGCCGCCCCGACGGCGACAUCACCAUCUUCAUCGGCGACUGGUACAACAAGAACCACACGGAUCUGAGGAAGAUGCUGGACAGUGGCAAGGACCUCGGGAUGCCGGACGGCGUGCUGAUUAACGGCAAGGGCCCGUACAGGUACAACGACAGCCUUGUCCCGGCCGGCAUCGAGUACGAGACCAUCAAUGUGGAUCCGGGCAAGACGUACAGGAUCCGAGUGCACAACGUGGGGACGUCGACGAGCCUCAACUUCAGGAUCCAGGGGCACAACAUGGUGCUGGUGGAGACGGAGGGCUCCUACACGACGCAGCAGAACUACACCAACCUGGACGUCCACGUCGGCCAGUCCUACUCCUUCCUCGUCACCACCGACCAGAACGCGAGCUCCGACUACUACGUCGUCGCCAGCGCGCGCAUGGUGAACGACACCGUGUGGCGCCGCGUCGCCGGCGUCGCCGUCCUCCGCUACUCCAACUCCGGGGGGGCCGGCCCGCUCCCCGACCCUCCCCAGGACCAGUUCGACAAGUCCUUCUCCAUGAACCAAGCUCGCUCCGUCAGGUGGAACCUGAGUGCCGGAGCGGCGAGGCCGAACCCACAGGGAUCGUUCAGGUACUCGUCGAUCAACGUGACGCAGGCGUACCUGCUGCGGAGCACGGCGCCGGUGACGAUCAACGGGCGGCGCCGCGCGACGCUGAACGGGCUGUCCUUCACACCGCCAGAGACGCCGCUGCGGCUCGCCGACGCGUACGGCGUCAGGGGCGUCUACUCGCUCGACUUCCCGGAGCGGCCGCUGCGCGGCGCCCCCCGGAUGGGCCGCUCCAUCAUCAACGGCACCUACCGCGGCUUCAUGGAGCUCAUCUUCCAGAACAACGACACCAGGAUGCAGAGCUACCACAUGGACGGCUAUGCCUUCUUCGUCGUCGGGAUGGACUACGGCGAAUGGACGGAGGAUAGUAGGGGUACUUACAACAAGGGUGACGGCGUCGCCCGCAGCACUGUGCAGGUGUACCCGGGAGCGUGGGCGGCGGUGCUGGUGUCCCUGGACAACGUGGGCGUCUGGAACGUGAGGUCGGAGAACCUGGACUCAUGGUACCUGGGCCAGGAGGUCUACGUCAGGGUCGUCAACCCUGAGGACACCGGCAACAAGACCGAGAUGGCCAUCCCCGACAACGCCCUCUUCUGCGGCCAGCUUCACAAGUACCAGAAGCAGCAGACCCCUCACCACAAGAUGGGGACGUCGGCGGCGGCGGCCGCCGUCGUGGGGAGCCGGGUGGCGGCGGCAGCAAUGCUGCUCCUCGCCGGAGCAGUCAUGAUCUCGCCGUAGAGUGGCGACGUGUUUCUUCUGCAAGGAGGUGACUCCGUCGUGUAGGAUUGUUUAGGAUCAGGGUUCAGGAUCGUAGCCUGUUUUCUCUGUUGAUAUGAGUUUGUCAGUGUGCCGCUUGAUUGUGCUGCCCAUUGUUCGUUUUCUUUUCAUUUUUCUUUUUACCUCAUUUUGGGUUCUUUUAGGGUGGGUAGAGAUUGCUUCUUGAUUCGAUUCGUUCGUGCAUUUGCAUUUGUUCACCAGGAUCAACUCUGGUUACUCCAAUUCUUUUUGGUAGUGUAACUCUGUUUGAUCGUCUGAAAAACUGUUAAAAAAAAAAGACAGCAUCAGCUUUGUUCAGUGGA